AUGUCCAGCAGGGUGAAGAAAUUAUGCUCUUCAAUGCUAACUGCUUCACCAUUCUAUUGGGGAUUAGCUUUGAUUGUUCUUGCCAAGGCUAGUCAAGGAAUAUGUUUGAGAGCCCUCACCUUUGGUGGCAUCACAUGGGUUUUUGUAUCGUCAAUUUUUGGUCCUGAUUGGUCUCAUCGGUUUUUGAUAUCUGCAUGUGUAAUGGCAAUUUGGAUCGCUAUAUUUUUUAUUGGAUACGCAUUCCUUUCCCCCCCUCAACUGCGAGCAAGUCCCCUCACAAACAUGUUGUGGGUCUUUCUGGCUGCAUUCUUAAAGAGGCAUCUUGACUCUACUAAGCCAGGUACAGAAUUGAACUAUGGGGAUGAUGCUCAGACACCUCAAGGUCAAGUGGAUGAGGUUGAGGAGACAAAGCUUCUGUUAAGAAUGGUUCCAAUCGCAGCUACCUUUCUUCUGUAUGGGGUAAUCAAAUCCAACAGAUUCGCGAUAUCAGCAGUGAAACCUCUGUAUAGGAUGGUAUUUGAACAACGAAUAGAGCGAAUGAAUGGGAGAUACUCAUCUGGAAUGAAGAUGGGAAUCAUGGAUGGAUUAGCUCGUGAUGGUAUGGAGGAUUUCUUCAAGUAUCAGGUUCCAGAGUCAAUGAGGAAGAGAUAUGUGCUCGUACUCACUGAAGUUGUGAUCGGAUGGGGAAAAAUACUGAACAUAGGGUUUAUUAUGAUAUUAGACAUGGUGCUCGAGAAGUUGAGAGUUGAAGAUGGAAGUUGGAUUGCAGACACUGUGAAUCUGAGCCGCUUGGAUCUUUUUUAUGCUGCAUUAGUGGUGGUGAGCAUAGCCAAUCUGUUUAUCUUUGCAUAUGUUGCUAGUUUCUACACUUACCGUGAUUUUCCAGAAGAGGAAUACAACGAAGAAGAAGAAGAUCCACAUGAAGAAAUUAAACUGGAAAGAAGCAAGACAAGGUGGAACCAACACCUGAUGAAGAAACUGACCAACACCUGA